AUGUCCGCGCAAGAGCAGAACGCCGUGAGCAUGAAGCCAUUCCGAUUCUCCGACCUACCUCGCGAGCUGCGUGACGCCAUUUACGACCUCCUCCCAUGUGGUCGGCGCACCCUCUCCGAAAACACCGCCGCCGCCACCGACGAUGAAGAAGAGGAAUACGCUCUGCGUCUCUGCCUCGGAGACGGUCCCCUCUCACGCUUCCUCCUCAUCAACAAGCAGCUCGGCGAUGAAUACAGCCAGCGAGCUGUCAAGAACAAAAGUCUUCUCAUCGAAGACCUCCGAGACAGUACAAUUGAGAAGUAUACACUGCCCAGCAUCGUACUAGACAUUACUCAUGUCACGUUCAAGCUCGCCGCUUGUCUGCCCUGCCGCGAAGAAGACGUAAACGAUCAGGUCGACUUUGUCAAGAAUGCAGUCAACCAGAUGAAGAAGAACCCCACGCUCCACUUGCAGCUCUACUUCGAGGUUCGGGCUCUGGAGGGCAGUGACGCGUGGGCAGCGACGAAGGUCUUAGAGAGGUAUGAAGUACAGUUGAAGAACAUCCAGGAGAUGGCAUGUCUGGACAAACUUGAGCUGUUCACGUGCAAGGAGAAAGAUCCGGCGGCACCUGAUGGGAAGUUGCCAGGUCUUGAUGGGAGACUCUUGGCAACAUUCAUUCCGACAGGAGGCUGGAAAUCAUGGUAG